CGUUCCGCGCAUGGAGUGACCAAGUGCAUUGCAUACAAGAAGGAAUGUUAUCUCAGUGUUUUGGAAGACAGCCUUACUAGUUUAUUUCUUAUAUUUUCUGCCAACAUGCCCGAAGACAGUAGCCAUGUACCUUCCAUGGUUACUUGCACUGCACCAGUGAACAUCGCCGUAAUUAAGUAUUGGGGGAAGAGGGACAAGGAUCUUAUUCUACCUGUGAAUUCUUCACUCAGUGUCACUCUACAUCAAGACCAACUCAAAACUACAACUACUGUUGCAUGCUGUAGAGACUUCACAGAGGACCGCAUUUGGCUAAACGGCAAAGAGGAAGACAUCAACCAGCCCAGACUCCAGUCAUGCCUCAGGGAAAUACGAAGACUGGCCAGGAAGAGGCGAAGUGACAAGGAUUCUGCCAUGGAUGUGUCUGGGUUGUCCUACAAAGUUCACAUCUGCUCCAACAAUAACUUUCCAACAGCGGCAGGGCUGGCCUCCUCUGCGGCAGGCUAUGCCUGUCUGGUUUACACACUGGCAAAGUUGUUUGGAGUAGAGGGGGAGUUGUCCUGCGUGGCGAGGCAGGGUUCAGGCAGUGCCUGCCGGAGCAUGUAUGGGGGCUUUGUCCAGUGGAAGAUGGGAGAGAGGGGCGAUGGCAAAGACAGUCUAGCGGAGCAGGUGGAGCCCGAGACCCACUGGCCGGAACUCAGAGUGCUGGUCCUGGUGGUGAGUGCAGAUAAGAAGGCUGUGGGGAGCACUUCAGGAAUGCAGACAAGUGUGGAGACCAGCGGACUUUUAAAGUAUCGUGCAGACAGUGUCGUCCCGAGUAGAAUGGAGGAGAUGAUCAGUGCCAUCAGGGAGAGGGACUUUACUGCCUUCGCUGAGCUGACCAUGAAGGAUAGUAACCAGUUCCACGCUACCUGCCUGGACACUUACCCGCCCAUCUUCUACCUCAAUGACGUCUCUCGCAGAGUCAUCAACCUCGUCCACUGCUACAACCGCCACUACGGGGAAACAAGGGUGGCAUACACAUUCGAUGCUGGCCCCAAUGCUGUCAUCUACACAUUGCAAGAUCAUGUCUCAGAAUUUGUUCAAGUGGUUCGUCACUUCUUCCCAACAGACUCUAAUGGAGGACAGUUUCUCAAAGGGCUGCCAGUGUCUUCCACCACAAUCUCAGAUGACCUGAAGAACACCAUAGGGAUGGAACCCUUACCCAAAGGGAUCAGCUACAUCAUCAGCACCAAGGCUGGACCUGGACCGCGUGUUGAGGAAGACUCGAGCCACCAUUUGCUGGGCUCUGAUGGACUGCCCAAGAAGACUGUCUGAAGCUAGCAAACCAACAAGCUGACACAUAAUGACUCAGGACAACUAAAGGGCAACCUUGACCUGGGAACAUUAUCAAAUGUUGUGGCUUUGACACAGAGCUAUUGAAAUACAUCUAGUGUGUAAAAUCAAGUAUUCUUAUGGACACCUCCAAGAGGUGUGUGUUAAACAGGUGUUCAUCAGGUGUUUUUGUAGUCAUUUUAAAUGUUGUAAGCUUGUGCAUAGUUGACAUCCCAUUUUAAUUGUAAUCUGGACAAUCUGAUGAUGCCAUGUAUUUGCUUUUGUUUUGAAUUGUUUACAAAUAAUUGUACAAUUAUAGUUAUACACAUUAUAGUUAUACACAUUAUAGUUAUACACUAAGACAGAAUAGAUACUUGGGAUAACGUAAUGGUUGGUGAGAUAGUAAGGUAUAUUUUGUAUCGUAUCAUCUUCCCCCUCCACAAAAGGUGUAUUUAUAAAGCCAUUCAAUUUGUAAAUGAAAAUUCCAAUACCAUGAUGUAAAUGCUGCUGAAACACAUGAAUAAUAAUCACCUCUUUAACAUUGUUUAUAAAAUGGAGGGUUGUUCUGGCUAUCAGAAGGAAAUCAAUAAGUUAAUGGUUUCUGUUUGGUGACAUGAAUUGGUAGGCCUACUGUAUCAAAUGAAUUACGCCUAAUUCUUGCAGAACAUGCCAGAAAUAGACAACAUACUGCCAUAUUGGUUAAUACUGUUAUUUAAUAUGCAAAGCUUUGACGAGAUCAGUUCACUACUUGUCAUUUCACUUUGUAUUUUAUUAGGGCCACAUUUUUGUCUCAAAAUAUGUGUCUGGUGUAUUUUGUUAUAAAGGAGCUUAUAUCAGUUACA